AUGACCUGGUCGCCAAGACUGGUCAUUACCUCGUCGGCCGUGCUUAUCGGCGCCAUCUUCGUCCCCCGGUUCACCUUCUUUCAGUCGGUCAUUGUCGCGCCGGCGUUCAUCGCGCUUGCUACCUGCGUGGGGGCGGUGCUACUCAUCCGGUCUCUGCUCAGAGCCGAUCCUGCGGGCGAUGGGCCGGGACGCAGGCCAACGCUACGUCCUUUGGUCUUCACCACCCCGUCGGCCUGGUCAGCGGUUCUCACCCGGCAGUCAUGGGAGGAGCAGACGACCUCGUCUCGCGGACCAGCGCUCUUCUCGACUGCUCCAGCAGCAGUCAAGGAUGCGCUGGAUCGUCUUCUCGACCUCAUUCAGCGGCAUUUCAUUCUACCUUGGUACUCCCGUAUUUCCCCCUCGCCCGCAUUCCCCAAGGGCACGGACACUCUCAUUCGGCAUGUCAUCGCCAACUUCGUCACGCAGGGCGAGCACGUCGACUGGUCCUCCCUGCUUGUCUCCCGCAUAGUGCCAAUCGUCAGGGACCAUCUACAGCACUAUCGCUCAGUCGAGAAUCUCGCUUCGGACUCGCGCACGGCCCUUCCCCUUCCCCUUCCAAUCAAGGCUCAUCCCGCCCUCUCGACACAAGAUCACUCCUCGGCGUCCGGAACGCCUCCUUUGGUCGAGUCACAUCUUCGCGCUCAGCUAGAGCUGCUGCUGGGCCGCCUGCUGCCCGAAGCGGACCGGUCCGAGGUGGUCAAGCUACUCGUGAGGGAGAUUGUGCUGGGAGCGGUCUUGCUACCGGUGUACGAGAUGCUGUGCGAUCCAGACUUCUGGAACCGGCAGAUCGACGACAGGGGCGGGAGAUAUCUACACGAGCAGCGCCAAGUCAGCCGGUUCCUCUCCGCCUUAUCGACCAUACCAGACUCCCCCUCCGCCACUGUCACACCGGUCAAGCCCCGUACAUCUUACCCUCCUGCUACGGCUUUCAUCUCGGCCGAGUCCUCAACACAGCACUUUGACGCAUUCAUACGGUCUAUCUCCCGUCUGAAAACGCUCGGGGAGGCGAGGCGGUUCCGGGCGGAUCUCGAUAGGGAGACAAGGGUAGCUCAGGCGGCAUUGAACGAUGAGGAGCUGAAGGAGAGUGGCGGCAAGGAGGGUGAGCGGGUCCUGAAGCGUGCAAAGAAAUAUGUGCAGAGGCUGGGAAGAGCGAGUGCUCAGGUGGAUGCGCGGAUCGGGGUGCUGUCGGGAUUGAGCGCAAACCCCGAAGUGCUUCGGUCUCCACUAUCUGUCUCGCGUUCUUCGGCUGCGCAGCCAGAUAUCGCGCUUCGGACUGUCCUAUUGGAUCCCUCGUCCUUGGCUUAUUGGCUCGAAUUCAUGGAACGUCGAAAUCGGUCCAAACUUGUCCAGUUUUGGCUCACCGUCGAGGGAUUCAAAGACCCACUCGAAUUGGCGGAGCCAUCCUCUUUCGGUACCUUCGAUCCCCAGAGCGGCUCCGAGGCGGAUGGAACGAUCCUCGACGAUACGACCUUCCUGUACGAGAUGUACUUUGCCGCCGGUUCCGAUAUGGGCGUCUCGACGCGAGACAUCGGCGUCAUUCGGGACUUUGUCAAGAGCCCUGUUGCUCCAGUAUCAGCGCAAGCUGUCCGAGUUGUCAAAGGCUCCAUCUUCUCAGCUCAACAGGCGGUGUAUGAGCAGAUGGAAGAAGAGGAUUGGAGCGAGUUCAAGCGGGGAGAGCUGUACCGCAAGGCGAUGCAAGACCUCUCUCGGCAGAGGCCGCUCGAUCAAAAUGCCUUCUCUCCUCGGUCCGUCACUUCCCCUUUGGUUGCUGCCGUUCAACCCGGCAAGCCAGUCCGACACGUCAGCUCCCCGUUGCUCGAGACCAAGGUCCGACGACCGCCUCCCAAAAUCGGUCCAACGCUGGUGAACGGCAAUUUCACGCCUACUACCUCGGUCGCACCCUUCGCUUCCAUAUCUACCGCCCCUCCUACCUUCUCUCGGAGUUUGACUCAGGUCAGAGCCAUACCCUCGUCUAGCCAGGCGCACACGCCGACCGGCACCCAGCCAUCUACCCCUCCCAAACGGUUCAAUCAUCUCGACGUCCUCUUCACGGGCGGCGCCAACUCUCCCACCGCUACGGAGUCUGAGCGGAGGAUCUUUGACGAUGACGACGAGGUGGAUGUCGAUGAUGAUGAUUUCGUGCAGGUUCAGCGGAUGGAGGCGAUCCAGGCUGCACUGAGCGAGAUCAUUGCGUCGGACGACAUGAUCAGCUCUCGGGUUGAAGCCCAUGCUUCGCCAACACCCGGCUCGGUCGCGCCGUCAAUGACUACCUCGCUUGUUCUGUCGCCUCUGAGCGAGCGGGAUGAACGGUCGUCCAAGCUAGCCUCUCGCAGCGCGGAGGAUCUACGUUCGGCGGGCUUGGCUGGACCGGCGGUAUCCGUACCGCCGACCGGGAGCUCCAAAGAGGGCGGUCCCACUCUGCAGCGGAGGCAGAGCAUGUCCAAGCUGAGCUCCUCCGUGGAUCGAGAUCGGCUUUUUGACGAUAUCACCGAGGCGGAGGCGGACGAUCAGCCUACGGAAUCGGUCGAUCCGGAGUACGUCCAGCUCGCUGCGCCAGGGAACCUCCACCUCGGCCCCGAGAUAUCCCGGCUGGAACUUCGAGUCCAAGAAUUGAUCAAGCAAGAGAACCUCCUCGAGGGACUUAUCCGGCGCGCUGAACUCACGGGCAAUGAGGCGGAGCUCAAGCUGCUCCAAAAGUCCAUCUCGACUGUUCGGCGGGACCUUCGGGGCUCGGUCUUUCAAAAGGCGCAAUACGAACAACAGGAGGAGGAGAACCGGCUCGUCCCUGGUCGUACGGUGGUCUCGGUACCGAGUGCACACGUCACUGUCGAUGCAACAGAGGGGAAGCAGGUCGCGCGGUAUGCGGUCAGGGUCAGCCAGAUGGGAGAGGAUGGACGGUCGGUGGAGGGGUCGUGGGUGGUGUAUAGGCGGUAUAACCAGUUCUUUGAGCUCGACAAGGCGGUCAAAGACUGGGCGGCGGGAUCGGCGGAUAGGGAGUUGAUGAGGGAGAUCAGGGGGCUGGUGGAGUUGCCCGGAAAGAAGCUGGGUCCGAGCACAUCGGCGGGACUGAUGGAGUCAAGAAGGCAAGGACUGGAACGGUACCUAAAGUCUCUCGUGACUUCAGCAAGCCUUUGCAAUUCGGACAUCCUCCGCAACUUCCUCUCCCGCUCAUCCGCUUCCUUCCCCUCCGCCCCGCUCCCUGGCCAAACAGCCAGUGUUGCGUCGCUCGCACCCCACAACAUCGUCCGAUCUCUCUACAAGUCCGUCGCCACAACGUUGGACGAGACGCCUCUCGGUCCAUCCAUGCUGGAUAUGAUCCACUCGACGCUGAACCGGCAAUUCAGCGACGUCGCUGGCGGGCUAGGGGAAGUAGUGGAGCUGGGCGGAGAACUGUUCGGUUAUGGGUCAUCCUUCAUCCCGCCUCUCUUGAAGGGCGGGAUGGGUGGUCUGACUGGUAGUCCAGAGAUCGGCGGGACUGCCGGAGGAGCCUUGAAGGCGGGCGGAGAGGCAGAGUCUGGGAGUACGGUCUUCACUGCGCCGAUCUGUGAUCUCUUCAUCGAGAUGUUCGACCUGGACGAGAGCAGCUGGCUGCGUCGGCAAGCUAUCGUCGUUAUCCUCCAGCAAUUCCUGGGCAGUACGAUCGAGAGCAGAAAAGUCCGAGACACGCUACGCGGAGUCGCCCAUCCAGACAGCUUGGAGAAGCUUCUGGUCUCUUUUCAGGAUAUGCUCUUUCCUGAUGGAGAGCGCCGGCCGCCCAGCGAGGAGCGCAACGAGACCGAGAAGCUCGCAACGCGCCAUCGAGCGUCCAAAAAGCUUGCUCUGCUCAUACCAGACAUUGCAGCGAACAUGAUAGGCCGGAGCAACGCCCGACGCGCGGCUCGAAGGGUGUUUGGGGUGCUCCAAGAUAAGCGGCUCAAUCAACAUCUCAUCCUGAAGAUCCUGGACGAGGUCAUCAGUGCGCUAUUCGCUAAGCCUGCACCCGAUACAACUACCGGAUCCGAUUCCGAUGCACAGUCGGGAUUCCCCGCGUAUUCCGACCUCACCGAUGCAGCCAGAUACUCCUUAGUCUGGAUCGGCAUAUCGCUAGUCAUUAUCCUUGCCUUGUGGUGUGGGACUGUCGCUUACAUCAGCGUGAACAAGGGAGAAGGAGGGGAGACCCACUUCAAGCCGCCCCCGGCUCGUCAGCCCGCGUAUCGUCCGACACUGGCAGCGGGGUAUCUAGGGAGCUGCUUGAUCGGCUGCGCCUUGCUCGGAGCUGGCUUUGAUGCCCUCGCCUCGAAAUGGGCUGCACUAGCAUUGGUCGGAUACCUCUUCAUCGCGUUGGUAAUCUGCUGCUCCUUUAAACGGCACGAAGAGGCUAUCGCACUGUACGAGAAGAUUGCAGCGCAGCACAAGGAGGCGACAGGGGGUGAUGACAUUGUAGCAGAUCGCCUGCGGCUGAAGCGGAUGGAGGACGAGCUGGAUCAGGUGUACGAAGACAAAAUGGUGUCAUUGGAAUUGAUCAUCUCUAUUGCCCUUUUCAUAUCAAUCGGAUGUAUCCUUCCUGGAUGGCUCAUCGCCGACUCUGUUGGCCUGCGCUUCGUCAUCAUGUUCAUCGGUCUCUUCUCCGCCGUCUACGCGGUUCAAGACAUAUACGACGAUGGGGUGAAGCACCGACACAUGUCCGGAAGCGAUGCCCACAACUACGCCAGCUUGCUCGUAACCUUCAAUCCUACUGUCGAGCCCUCACAGGUAGGCUGGGACGAGGAGGUCGGCGAGUAUCAAUGGAAGCUGGAGUCGAAGACUAAAACUCUCGCUUACACAUCACUCGCACUCCAAGUCCUUGCUAUCAUCAUCACCAUCCUUGCGGCGCUCUACUUGGUCCGUUCGACGACCGCCGAGCAGGCUCUCCGAUCACGACAAUUCCUGCCCUCGCCGUGGCACCUUCACAGCGCGGAUCUGCUGGAGAAGGCAAAGCAAGGGGGGCAGGGCUUACAGGAGGGCCUGGACUGGGGCAAGGAGAAGGUAGGCAGUCUGGUCGGGGGAGAUGACGGGACAUAG